AUGAUGCUUAGCUCUGGCAUUCUGUUCGCCCUGCUGUGCAGUCAAGCAGCUGCUUCGCGCCAUCCCACCCCUUGGCCCCAAAGUCCUUUCCAUACCGAAGGUCCGAUCAUCAAGGAUGCCACCGGAUCGCCAUUUGUGUACGUCGGGAUCAAUUGGCCAGGCGAGGGUGAAACCAUGAUCCCCGAGGGUCUACAGUACUCCUCCAUUGCCGACAUCGUGGCCAAGAUCAAAUCACUCCAGUACAACUCGGUCCGGAUGGGCUGGGCCACCGAGAUGGUUGAUGACAUUCUCGACAACGGCGGCGACGUGACCAUCAAGGACACCAUGACCAAGGUCCUUGGUCCUCAAUUGGCCUCGAAUAUCGUGGCUCAAAUACUCAAUCACAAUCCCAACUUCACCGAGAACACUACCAGACUCCAGGUUUGGGAUGCUGUCGCCGCGGAGCUUGCCAAACAACACCUGCAUUUGGUCUUCAACAACCACGUUUCCAAGGCUCAAUGGUGCUGCAGUCCAGGUGAUGGCAAUGGCUGGUUUGGCGACACCUACUUUGACGUGGCCAAGUGGAAGCGCAGCCUCGAGUACAUGGCCGGCUACGCUGCAAAGUGGCCAGCUGCCACCGCAUUCUCGCUCCGCAAUGAGCUUCGAAUUGUCAAUAACCCUGCCAACGAUACGUACGGGUGGUCGUUGUGGUAUGAUGAGAUGAUCGACGCUGCGAAUAUUGUCAAUGCCGCCGCACCGGAUGCCCUCGUCAUCAUCUCGGGUCUCAACUACGACCACGAACUGAAUCCCAUUACCGCUGGCGAACCCAUCAGUCCCCCCGAGGAUCAAAGAGUCUUCAGGUUGGGUGACUUUGACUACGCAGACAAGAUUGUCUUUGAGCUACACAGCUACGACAACUCGAUCACAAACUGUACUUUCUUCCAAUCCGAACUCUACAAACGAGGGUUCAACGCCCUCGAUGUGAGUCCGGCGACAACCGCGCGCAAUAUCGCACCCGUCAUCCUCACCGAGUUUGGGUUCGCUCAGAAUAGCUCCGACUACCAGAGUGUGUACGCGUCAUGCCUCAAGGACUUCCUUACCGGAGAUCAUCGGGAGCUAGAUGCGAACCGAAUCAGAGGGCCGAUUGGACAUUUUGAAUGGAACUUGGGCGGUUCAUACUACAUGCGCGAGGGCAUUGCUGACCAUGAUGACUGGUGGGCACUGCUCAACCACGACUGGAGUGACUGGAGGAACCACACCGUGCUGAGGGCGUAUCAGAAACCGUUGAUCAAGAGUACGUUACUGCAUUCCCGGUCUAAGGAUCCUGGUCAUGGGCUUAUCAAUAGAAAACCAAGUCACGGUUAA